UGCUGGCACGGGAUUGGUCCGUAAGUAGGUUAGUGGCGCUCUGGUUAUUCAAGGCGAACGAGGAAAAGUAGGUCAGUGUAAAUACUGACGUUCUCCGCCGUCCGUGUUACCGUGACCGUACAUGUGCCUUUUCUGCCUUCUUCAUGUUUUGUGCCUGCCUGCAUGUGUUGGGAGGUAAAAGGCGGCGCUGAGGACUGGAAUCUGGUUUUACGGACAAACACUUCAUGAGAUGGUCUGAGAACGACAGUCCUCAUGAAUCUUUGUGAUGAUCUCAUGGCAGACCAGAGAAUGGACAUCUCAUCUACGAUGAAUGAGUUCAUGUCUCCCAGCUCAACUGAGCUCAUCAGCAGUUCCAUCAAUACGUCCUCCAUGGACUACACCCGCAAGAGGAAAGGCAGCUCCACAGACUACCAGGACAGUAUGGAUAUGGACAAGGACAAACAAAUUGGAAGGGAAUGUAUUGAUCAACAUGGAAGGAUAAAGAAUGCCAGGGAGGCUCAUAGUCAGAUUGAGAAGCGACGCAGGGACAAAAUGAACAGCUUCAUUGACGAGCUGGCUUCACUAGUGCCUACCUGCAACGCCAUGUCCCGCAAACUGGACAAGCUGACUGUAUUGCGCAUGGCCGUACAGCAUAUGAAAACACUACGAGGUGCUGCAAACCCUUACACUGAAGCUAACUACAAACCAGCCUUUCUGUCAGAUGAUGAACUGAAACACUUAAUACUGAGGGCUGCUGACGGGUUUCUGUUUGUGGUCGGCUGCGAUCGGGGAAAGAUUCUUUUCGUUUCUGAGUCUGUGUAUAAAAUCCUGAACUACAGCCAAAACGACCUGAUUGGCCAGAGCUUGUUUGAUUAUUUGCAUCCUAAGGACAUCGCCAAAGUCAAGGAGCAGCUGUCUUCAUCUGACACAGUGCCAAGGGAGCGACUCAUUGAUGCCAAAACCGGACUGCCGGUAAAAACCGACAUCACGCCAGGGCCGUCCAGGCUGUGCUCCGGGGCCCGUCGCUCUUUCUUCUGCAGGAUGAAAAGUAACAGACCUCUCAUCAAAAUGGAGGACAAAGACUUCGCCUCUACCUGCUCCAAGAAAAAAGCCGACCGCAAAAGCUUCUGCACCAUCCACAGCACGGGCUAUCUGAAGAGCUGGCCACCCAUGCAGAAGGGCUUGGACGAGGACAACGAGGCCGAUAACGAAGGCUGCAACCUGAGCUGCCUGGUAGCCAUCGGCCGUUUGCACCCCCACAUCGUCCCUCAGCCAAUGAACGGAGACAUCCGCGUCAAACCGACCGAGUACGUCUCACGCCACGCCAUCGACGGCAAGUUCGUCUUUGUUGACCAGAGGGCCACUGCCAUUCUCGCCUACCUACCCCAGGAGCUGCUGGGGACGUCUUUCUAUGAGUAUUUUCAUCAGGAUGACAUCGGACACCUCGCUGAAUGCCACAGACAAGUGCUGCAGAUGCGAGAUAAAAUCAACACUAACUGCUACAAGUUCAAGGUUAAAGACGGCUCUUUCAUCACUCUGAGAAGUCGCUGGUUCAGUUUCAUGAACCCUUGGACCAAGGAGGUCGAGUACAUCGUCGCCACCAACACAGUCGUCUCGACUGGUUCCCGUGAUGGAGCUGAUCCCAGCUAUCUCCAGCUCACUGCCUCCCCCCAGAGCAUGGACAGUGUCCUCACAGCUGAUGGUUCUGGGAAACGGGCUCUGCAGACGGUACCUGGCAUUCCAGGGGGCACGAGAGCCGGAGCUGGGAAGAUCGGCCGCAUGAUAGCAGAAGAGGUGAUGGAGAUCCAGAGGAUAAGAGGCUCAUCGCCCUCUAGCUGUGGCUCGAGCCCGCUGAACAUAACCAACAGCACACCCCCUCCAGACACAUCUUCACCUGGGGGCAAGAAGAUUCAGAAUGGUGGAACUCCAGACAUUACUUCAGCAGGGAUGGUGUCAGGCCAGGACUCCAUAGGAUACCCUUACUCUAACAACUCGCUUUUAAGUGAGAAUUCUCACAUCAGCAUUGGGGACAUCAUGGACGAGCCCGGCUCCAGCAGCCCCAGUAACGACGAGGCGGCCAUGGCUGUCAUCAUGAGUCUUCUGGAGGCUGACGCAGGACUCGGAGGACCCGUGGAUUUCAGCGAUCUGCCAUGGCCUCUGUGAGAAGAGAAUCUCGCUCUCAGGUGAGGGAUUGGGACACAACCGAGAGAGCACAGCCCUCUUUCUUCAGCGUGUCCAUCAUCAGGCCCAGUUUUUUUCCAUAAAGCCUCACAGACUAAUGAAAGUGUUAAUAGCGUACAGUCAUAACUAUUAUUCUGACUUUUCGGAAACUUCCCAGCAACACAAAUCAUCUUUCAGGAAUUUUGGCAGUAUACAGAGUGGAAGACUGGAAUCGUCCACUUUUGUCUACGUGGCACAAACUUCGGUGUAUUUUUGGCACACUAGCCUGCAGAAAUCUCAAACAUACACUCAGCCACCACUUUAAUAGGAACACCUGUCAAUCACGUGUCAGAAGCACAAUGUAUACAGUCAUGCAGGUCAGGUGCUUCAGUUAACGUUUGUCAUUAGAACAGGGAAAAUGUAUUCACAGUGAAUUUGACCCUGGCAUGGUUCUUGGUGCCAGAUUGAAAAGCUCGAAAACAUCUAGCGAGUGACAGUUCUGCACAUGGAAACACCUUGUUGAGGCCAGGGGAAAAUGGACAAACUGGUUCCAGUUAUCAGCACGGUUACCGUAACUGAAAUUAACACUCUUUACAAUGGGGCUGAUCAGAACAUAUAAACCCUACAGCAGUAGGAGGAGUACAGCAACAGAAUAGCUUCUGCUCAGUCAUCCAAGAACAAGAAUCCGAGUAAUGAAAAAGGAAAAAAAAUAUUGCCUGCUUUUUAUGUUUUUAUUUUUCCAUCUUGAGCUGUUCUGUUUCAGUGAGCCUGUGUCCACUGUAGCCUCACAUUCCUGUUCUCGGCUGAACGUUUCUGCAUGAAAUGAACAUGGGUACAGCUGUUCCUAUUAAAGUGGCCUGUGGGUGUGUGAUAUUUUUCACAAAGAUGUAUGUAUGUACGUGUACUGUUUGAGCCGUGAUAUAUUUUUAAAAUAAAAAAUGAUAGAUGUUCCAGAAACAUGGCAUCAGUAUGUUUAUUAUUCAGGUAACUCCAGAAAGGUGGCACUGCCUAAUAUUUUGAAAUGCAUGGUUUUAUCUUAUGUACUGUUUUCUUUUUUUUUUUCGCCCAAUGUAAUGAAAUUAUUGGUACCGUUAUAUUUUAUAUUUGCU